CCUUAAUCCUAUAGAGGAAAACGGAGAAGAUUAAACAUCUUUUUCUUGCCCCACAGUGGCUACCCUAAGCCGAAGAGCACCCUGGAAAGAGUUGGAGAGAAGACUAUUGAGAGAUGGGUAGGUUACUAGGUUUUAGCCUGACCUUACCCAUUGACAUAGGGAAGGCGAUCCUUGCUAAACAGAGAUAUUGAGCCCUUCUCAUGCCCAUGCAAAACUGACGUGACUUUGUGCUCUGCUUCUGCCAUCCAGCUGCCAGAAGACGCCUUUAGAUAUUCUUUUCCCCCUGCUCUGAAAUGAAAUUCAAGAGACUGCUCUCCCCUCCCUCCUUACCUUCCAAGAGGCUUGCCUUAUCGUGUCAUGCCAGAUGGGGCCAUGCGUUGAACAUCCCUUGGAGAUUUUUUCAAAAAAGAAGAAAUCAUGUUAGCCUGGAAAAGUCUCUUUCAAGGUCCCUUGCAUUAGGCCAACAGUACACGUCGUUGGGGUCUCAGCCAAUCCUGUGUGGUUCCAUUCCUGGAUUGGUGCCCAAACAGCUUCGGUUCUGCCGUAACUACAUUGAAAUCAUGCCCAGUGUGGCUGAAGGUGUGAAGCUAGGAAUCCAGGAAUGCCAACACCAGUUUCGUGGGCGGCGUUGGAACUGCACUACCAUUGAUGACAGCUUGGCCAUUUUUGGGCCUGUCCUGGAUAAAGCCACACGAGAAUCUGCCUUUGUUCAUGCCAUUGCAUCGGCAGGCGUGGCAUUUGCUGUCACACGCUCCUGUGCUGAAGGUACUUCUACCAUCUGUGGCUGUGACUCACACCACAAAGGGCCACCAGGCGAAGGAUGGAAAUGGGGCGGCUGCAGUGAGGAUGCUGACUUUGGAGUGCUGGUUUCACGGGAAUUUGCAGAUGCCCGAGAAAAUCGCCCCGAUGCACGGUCUGCCAUGAACAGGCACAAUAAUGAAGCUGGAAGAACAACUAUCUUGGACCACAUGCACUUGAAAUGUAAGUGUCAUGGCCUCUCUGGCAGCUGUGAGGUUAAAACUUGCUGGUGGGCUCAGCCGGAUUUCCGAGCCAUUGGUGACUAUUUGAAGGACAAGUAUGACAGUGCUUCUGAGAUGGUGGUGGAGAAACACCGGGAAUCCCGUGGGUGGGUGGAGACAUUGCGCGCCAAGUAUGCCCUUUUCAAGCCACCAACUGAGCGUGACUUGGUCUAUUAUGAGAACUCGCCCAACUUCUGUGAGCCCAACCCUGAGACUGGCUCAUUUGGCACCAGGGACAGAAUGUGCAACGUGACUUCACACGGGAUCGACGGAUGCGAUUUGCUCUGCUGCGGCCGUGGCCACAACACCAGGACAGAGAAGAGGAAAGAGAAGUGCCACUGCAUCUUCCACUGGUGCUGCUAUGUUAGUUGCCAGGAGUGCAUCCGGGUUUAUGAUGUGCACACCUGCAAGUAAACAGAAAGAGUCCCAUGGUUCAGCUGUAGCAGAACAUGAAAGAGAAAGAGAGACUGCCAGGAAAUCCCACAGUUGCAGCCCCUGACUACUGAAAGCAGAGAAGAAGCAAAUUCUUCCUAGCCUGUUCCAUGCCCUGUUGGAACCAAGGCAGAUAGUGGUGGAGGAAGAAUCUACCUGGAAAUCAACUCCCCAUGAUUUUGCUGGAUCCUCUGCCAGCCCUGCCAACAUACUCCUUCUUUCCUGUCAAACAGGCAGAGCAUGGCUGCUGACUUCAGGCCACACACUUCCAGAGGUGGUCUUCCCAACCUUUUUUUUCUUGCACAUAUCAAAAUAUAAUAUAUAUAUAUAUCUAUAUUUAAAACCAUAGGAAAAAGCAAGGCUGUAGCAACACUGACAGAAGCUCACAGUAACUGUUCACUACAGCUACUGGUGUACACAAUGCAGAUGAUUAAGAGCCAAAUUUCAAGAAAUGUGAAGGGAAACGAAGUGCUCCUGGUGACGGCAGGUGAUUUUACAUGCUGAAGGUCUGAUGUGCAGUUGUUUCAUGAGUAACAAUGUAUGAACCUAAAAGACUUAUAUUCCCUCCACUCCCAAAUACACAUCCAUGUAACCAAUGUGAUUUGUUCUGUAAGCAGCAUUGAUUCUGGAGUUGGAGGGAGAAAUUAACUGAAAGUAUCUCAUCCUUAAAACAGUUUUUCUGAACUUGUAAAACAUAUUGUUUCCUUUGUCCUUACUUUUCAACCCUUGUUGGCCAAGUGAAAACACAAGCACACACACACAUGCUAUUCAAAGUGUAUAUACAUUUUUGUUGCUAUAACCCAGGCACUUCCCAAAAGAAUAAGCAUAGGGAGCUGUUGUAAAACUCAGUCCCUUGCCUAAAUGUUGCAGCAUUUCCCAGCAGGUUGAGUUAACUUAGGAUCAAAACUGACGUUUGUUGUGAUUUGGGGUUGUUUUUGUUUGUUUGUUUGUUCCAAGGCUGUUUGCCCAAACAGAUGAAAGACUUAUCUUUGUUAUAGCAUAAUACUUACCUAUCUUGCAUUUCACAUGUUUUAUUGUUAGAUUGUUCAGGGCAAGGUAAACAUGAUCAUGGUUUAAAAGCCUGAUUGUUGAAGCACCAUUGCCUAAGGAAAGGAAAAAGCUACUGGAAAUAUUCUCCUUGGUAUUUCGCCACUUCUUUACAGAAAGGCCUACAUGACCCUGGGUAUAAAGGCAUAUCAAAUAGGUAUUAAAAAUCAAACAUUUACUGAUAACAAAUCAGCACUUACAAGUCUUGCUAAAUAGGUUGAUUUUCCUUUUUGUGAAGUACAGCUGAAGUGUCUUCUGAAGAGUUCAGUGUAAACACUGAACAUCAAAUUUGUGUAAAUGUCUAAAACAGCCACUAGGUGGCGCUUGGAAAACUUUUACUGUUACAGUACUAAUAUUUUUGUGACCCCAACAUUGAGCUAAAGGGACCCCACAAUUUAAAAAGCAGUGCUUUACAGUAACACUCCUGUUCAGGGGCCAGCCAGGUAGCUCUUCCUCCAGAGUGCUAUAUAUAAAACCAAGAUGAACAUUUGUACCCACUCAGCUGAUGAAAGAUAUAGUGACUCAAAAAUAAUUAUUCUUUUGAGCCCUUUUAAGUAUUUAAGAGAAACAAUUUUGCCUGCUUCUCUAUAAUCCUGUACUGAACAAACUAAUAAGAGUUCAUUUCUUCAGAGCGAAUCUAGACCCUUGACCAUUUUCAGCUUUUUCUUCAUUUACCAAUUUGUUCAUGGUCACAUUUAGUAUUUGAAUUCUUGAGUAUUGUGGUCCAAAUGAUUUUCAGUUCUUGGAUGCAACAGUCCUUGGUUAACCUAACCUUAAAUCAUCCUUCUGAGCAUCAUGUCCCAUUAACAAAAUACUCUUAAGUUUGUCAUCCACUUUACCUCAAAUCCAUUUUCACAGUGCUAUGGGGUGUAUUGUUAUCUAUGUCAUAUUGCUUGAGCAUUCAGUGUCAGCUAAAAGCAAGGCAGUAUGUGUAUUUAAGGAUAUUAUCCACUCAACAAGGACCUGUUCAUGAUUAAGAGAAACUUGUGUGGCUGUAAACUGCUAUGGAGAAUCUGAUUUAUUUCCCAAAUAAAUUACUUUCUGCUUUUCCCACCUUAUUAAUGUAAA